UUUUAAUCUAGACUUCAGUUGCCAGUGGACUGAAUGAUGCUUGUUUAAGACCGUUGAAAGCAAGGUGUUGUACUGACUCUUCGGUUGCCUAGGCAAAGCUCCCCCUCCUCCAUGCAGCACAUGCAAUCAGGAGCGGAGGUGAGCAGAAUUAGCCGUUAAAAAAAAUAUAUACACAAAUGUUUAGUCUGUUUUGCUGUUAGAAUGAUUAUAUUGGUGACCGUGGUCAUUUGGAUAACCAAUGAAGACAUCAAAAAUUACAAGACCGUCACAGCCCUACUUUGCGGUAUACCAUAUUUUACUACUAUACAGUGCCUUGCGAAAGUUCACCCCCCUUGGCAUUUUUCCUAUUUUGUUGCCUUACAAUUUGAAAUUAAAAUAUUUUUUUUGGGGGGGGGGUUGUAUCAUUUGAUUGACACAACAUGCCUACCACUUUGAAGAUGCACAGUAUAUUUUUAUUGUGAAACAAACAAGAUUAAAAAAACAACUUGAGUGUACUAUAACUAUUCACCCACCAAAGUCAAUACUUUGUUGAGCCACCUUUUGCAGCAAUUACAGCUGCUAGUCUCUUGGGGUACGUCCCUAUAAGCUUGGCACAUCUAGCCACUGGGAUUUUUUUUCCCAUUCUUCAAGGCAAAACUGCUCCAGCUCCUUCAAGUUGGAUGGGUUCCGCUGGUGUACAGCAAUCUUUAAGUCAUACCACAGAUUCUCAAUUGGAUUGAGGUCUGGCCUUUGACUAGGCCAUUCCAAGACGUUUAAAUGUUUCCUCCUAAACCACUCGAGUGUUGCUUAGCAGUAUGCUUAGGGUCAUUGUCUUGCUGGAAGGUGAACCUAAGUCCCAGUCUCAAAUCUCUGGAAGACUGAAACAUGUUUCCCUUAAGAAAUUCCCUGUAUUUAGCACCAUCCAUCAUUCCUUCAAUUCUGACCAGUUUCCCAGUCCAUGCCAAUGAAAAACAUCCCCACAACAUGAUGAUGCUGCCACCACCAUGCUUCACUCUGGGGAUGGUGUUCUCGGCAUAAUGAGAGGUGUUGGGUUUGCGCCAGACAUAGCGUUUUCCUUGAUGGUCAAAAAGCUACAUUUUAGUCUCGUCUGACCAGAGGUACCUUCUUCCAUAUGUUUGGGGAGAUUCCCAAAUGCCUUCUGGCGAACACCAAAUGUGCUUGCUUAUUUUUUUCUUUUAUCAAUGGCUUUUUUCUGGCCACUCUUCCAUAAAGCCCAGCUCUGUGGCGUGUUCAGCUUAAAGUGGUCCUAUAGACAGAUACUCCAAUCUCCACUGUGGAGCUUUGCAGCUCCUUCAGAGUUAUCUUCUGUCUCUUUGUUGCCUCUCUGAUUAAUGUCCUCCUUGCCUGGUCUGUGAGUUUUGGUGGGCGGCCCUCUCUUGGCAGGUUUGUUGUGGUGCCAUAUUAUUUCAAUUUUUUAAUAAUGGAUUUAAUGGUGCUGUGUGGGAUGUUCAAAGUUUCUGAUGUUUCUAUAACCUAACCCUGAUCUGUACUUCUCCACAACUUUGUCCCUGACCUGUUUGGAGAGGCUCCUUGGUCUUCAUGGGGCCGCUUGCUUGGUGGUGUUGCAGACUCUGAAUCUUUCAGAACAGGGUGAAAAGCAAGACAGACUUCGGGAGCUCUCAAACAUUUUACCUCAAGGCAGAUGUCAUGAAUUACACAGACCCGGUUGUGGAGAAGGCCGUCAACUCCUGGUCCAGAAUCGCCUCGGCUGGACAGACUGUCCUUCUAGAGACAUUACAGAUCCUCAACCCCAUGUCAAAGGAUCUCUCGGACACCGAGGAACUAGUAACCUUUCUCCAAGGGCUUAAAGAAGAAGGCCACAAGCCCACAGUGCUACGAAGCAAAGAUGUUUAUGGAUAUAGAUCCUGUACAGCCAGAACACUACCAGAAGAGAUGUGCUGUACAGACACGACUAGCAAGGGCUCAAGGACAGGCAAGAAGAGGGGAAGGAAGAAGAAGAAGGAAUCUAACAAGUACGCAUCGUGGACUACUAGUGCAUCAGAAUCUCACAAAGGAUCUGUCUUUUCCCGACCUCCGGUUAUGACUAUUGAACCUCCACUGAUACAGCAAUGUCUGAAACUUACAAACAUUACAGGUUUGACGAGAGGCCACACCGCGAGACUACAGAUUCACUCUCAACUUUCAGGGAUACCGUUGCAGAACAUGGGUAGAACACCAAAAGCCGUGGCAUUGGUCGGUCAAAGGUAUCAUCCCUCCUGUCCGGAAUGGAACGGGGCCCUUAUCGGAGACUCCGCCCCAGUGAUGUAUCAAAACGGCCGAGGAGUUUACAACUACAAGAUUGACGUGUCAAACCACAGACGGUCCUGGAGGGACGACCAGUCUCUGUGGGCGAUGAACAAUCAGGAGGAGUGUCGUCUGGAUGAGAACAGCCUGCGGUGGAAAGUGGUCAAAGUGGACGACUGCAUCACAGUGGAGGAACUGAGGAGGAAGGCCCAGAGGAUCCUGCAGGUGAACCUGUCCCCUGUGAUACAGAUACGACCGCUAUAUGAAACUCUAGCGGAAUACCAGCGUGAACGAUAUCUCCAGUAACUUCUUGGUUUAGGCUAGCGUUCAUUUUGCAACACGGCUUGACUGAGCACGUUGAGGUUUGACUUUUACUGUUGAAGCCAGAAGGGGGACAUUACGUCGGCAUCGUCGUCUGACUACAGUAAAGUAUGUUUCUUGUAUUGUGCAACGACGGGAUGAUGUCAUGGAUCUAACGCGUCAACAGGACUGAAGAAACUGACGCGUCACAGAAGUUACACACACGGUGGUGCUUGGAAGACACUCCAUAGACCUUACAGUGCAGAAUGGUGCACAUUUUAGUUGAUUUUUUUUACGAGCUUCUGUUUUGUACCUUGAGGAUGGACUGAUGGAUUUGGUAAACGGUGUCAGUGUAGGACCACUUUUCUUGCAAGAACAAAAAAUCAAAUAAAAUGUUUACCCUAUUUGGUCUAGCCUACACGACAGUUUGCUGAUUUUGGUCACCUGAAAUGAAUGUGUAAGACUUCUCUUGAUUUAGCUCUUCCUGUUGACUUCUCUUGAUUUAGCUCUUCCUGUUGUCACUGACUCGUUUGAUUGCCAUUUUUAUCUACUUUUGUGUAGUCUAGACUGUUUCAUUGAGUUUAAACUUUGACGGCCUCAGAUUUAUUCUGUGUUUUCUGAAUGUAAGCACUUGAAUCGUAGCAAUUCCAUUGCAGGACUAAGUUUAAAAUGGCCUUAUUCUUUUUAAGUAAAAUAAAUAAUAUUUUUGUAGUGGCUUUUUUUUUAUAUAUAUAAUUAUAUUUUCUCUGGGCAAAGCAUUUAAUAGCAUCAUCAACCACCCUCUUCAUCUUUGAAGUAUUGUAUUGAACCUGGAUUGCAGAAUUAUUCCAGACUUUUGAAAAUUGGAAACAUGGAACAGAUAUUAGUUUUAGAUCGGACGCUAACUUUGCAUCGGUGCUAACUGGGAACCAGCUAAGUCUGGCCAUUUGUGAAGAAGUUGCCACAGUGUUUUGUGAUCCAUCUUUCAUCAUUAGUUUAGUUGAAUGGUUUCAGAUGUGUUGUUUCCAUGACUUAUUUUAAGUUUGGUAUUGAACAUGUUGUAUUGUCGUGGCACAGUCCAUCAAGGGUAGCCUACUUCACGGGUCCUGUCCCAAAUGGCACCCUUUUCCCUUUAUAGUGCACUACUUUUGACCCGGGUCCCAUAGGGUUCUGGUCAAAUGUAAUGGACUGAAUAGGGUGCCAUUUGGGAAACAUCCAUAAUUCUGGUUUAGCAACUCUUUAGUGUUUUAUUUUUAUUGGCUUGCUGCUUCUUCAUCUGGAUUUAAUUGAACAUUUUCACCAUCCCAGAAGUUGCAGAACAAAAGUACAGUCAAAUUAAGGAAUGGGUUAAGUUUAAGGUUUUUGUUAGGUCGGGUUUAAUGUUAGGGAAAGUGAAGUGUUCAAAUGUUUUGAAUUAUGUUGUGGCCCAAAAAUCAGGGCCGUAAGUUGAUCCUUUGUUGCCAUAUGUUGAAAAUAUUGUAAAUGUUACUGAGUGGUUGCGUUCAGGCCAGGGAACAACCAGUCAUUGCGAUUGCCAAAGGCGUUCUUCGAGAAAAUGACAGCAGAUUGCUAUGGCUGUAAAAUGUUUUUUUUUUUUUUUUGUGUUGUUUAUUUCAGCCAAUCUUAAUUUCAGUGUAACGAUAUUAAAUGAAGUUGUUAUUUUGAACUAGGGUAUGUAUGUACAGGUCAUGGGUUUUAUACAACACUUAUUUGCAACAAAUAGAUUUUUUUCACGGGAUCUUUAAAGCCUCAUUUAUACCUCAUGCAAGUAUGGAACGCAAGAACGUAAUUAUCUACUCAAAAUGCAGAGUGCAGCCCUGCAAUUUGUAUGUACGCAGAAUGGCCAUUUUGCUUAGAUAAUUGUGUUAUUUGCGUUGCACUCUUGUGUCUUGUAUAGAUAAGUACUCUUGUCACAUGACACAGUGCUGCAGUUUCUCAACCAACCGUGUGUCUCUCAGAUGUGUCCGAUUUGUUGCAGUUGGUUGAAAUUGGCUGAACAAAAUUGUACAGUGUGUGUUGGAUUACAUUUUCAGAAAUUGCUCAAUAAAAUGAAUAAAAUAAAAUGAA